AUGGAAGAUAAGGCGUCGUUAAAGGAAUUGGAUCAAUGGAUUGAACAGCUAAACGAAUGCAAGCAACUGACAGAAAAUCAAGUGAAAACGUUAUGCGAUAAGGCAAAGGAGAUCCUCACCAAGGAGUCAAAUGUGCAAGAGGUAAAAUGCCCAGUAACCGUCUGCGGCGAUGUACACGGUCAGUUCCACGACUUGAUGGAGCUGUUCCGCAUAGGCGGCCGCUCACCCGACACCAACUACCUGUUCAUGGGCGACUACGUUGACCGCGGCUACUAUAGCGUGGAGACAGUCACAUUGCUUGUUGCACUUAAGGUCAGAUAUCGCGAGAGAAUAACAAUUCUCCGCGGCAAUCACGAAUCCCGUCAGAUCACUCAAGUGUACGGUUUUUACGACGAAUGUCUCCGCAAAUACGGCAACGCGUCCGUCUGGAAACAUUUUACGGACCUCUUCGAUUUUCUCCCGCUGACAGCGUUAGUUGACGGCCAGAUAUUCUGCCUCCAUGGAGGUCUGAGCCCGUCCAUCGACUCACUCGACCACAUUAGAGCGCUCGACCGCGUACAGGAAGUUCCCCACGAAGGACCCAUGUGCGAUCUCUUAUGGAGUGACCCUGAUGAUAGAGGCGGAUGGGGCAUAUCGCCUCGAGGCGCCGGCUACACGUUCGGGCAGGACAUCUCAGAGACGUUCAACCACAGCAACGGACUGACGCUGGUGUCGCGCGCGCACCAGCUCGUCAUGGAGGGCUACAACUGGUGCCACGAUCGGAACGUAGUUACCAUCUUCUCCGCACCCAACUACUGCUAUAGAUGUGGUAACCAAGCCGCUAUUAUGGAAUUGGAUGAUGCGCUUAAGUACUCAUUCCUGCAGUUCGACCCGGCCCCGCGGCGCGGCGAGCCGCACGUGACGCGGCGGACGCCCGACUACUUCAUGUAG